GUUGAGAUAUUGUGGUCUCACAGAUGAAGGUUUUGCUGCUUUGGCUUCAGCUCUGAGAUCAAACCCUGAACACCUGAGAGAUCUGUAUCUGUCUGUGAAUAAUCUAGGAGAUUCAAUGACUCUUCUCUCUGCUGUACUGGAGGAUCCUCACUGUAAACUGGAGAAACUGGGGUUGAUUGAUUGUGGUCUCACAGAUGAAGGUUGUGCUGCUUUGGCUUCAGCUCUGAGAUCAAACCUUGAACAUCUGAGAGAUCUGGAUUUGUCUGGGAAUAAUCUAGGAGAUUCAGUGACUCUUCUCUCUGCUGUACUGGAGGAUCCUCGCUGUAAACUGAAGACACUUUGGUUGAGUAAUUGUGGUCUCACAGAUGAAGGUUGUGCUGCUUUGGAUUCAGCUCUCAGAUCAAACCGUGAACACCUGAGAUAUCUGAAUGUGUCUGGGAAUAAACUAGGAGAUUCAGUGACUCUUCUCUCUGCUGUACUGGAGGAUCCUCACUAUAAACUGAAGACACUGUGGUUGAGUAAUUGUGGUCUCACAGAUGAAGGUUGUGCUGCUUUGGCUUCAGCUCUGAGAUCAAACCCUGAACACCUGAGAGAUCUGAAUCUGUCUGAGAAUAAACUAGGAGAUUCAGUGACUCUUCUCUCUGCUGUACUGGAGGAUCCUCACUGUAAACUGGAGAGACUGGGGUUGAGUGAUUGUGCUCUCACAGAUGAAGGUUGUGCUGCUUUGGCUUCAGCUCUGAGAUUAAACCCUAAACACCUGAGAGAUCUGAAUCUGUCUAGGAAUAAACUAUCAAAAUUUACAGUGAAGCUGUUCUCUGAUUUGAAAGACGACCCACAUAAUAAACUGGAAACAUUAUACAUUUGAUCCUCUGUUUAGUUUACUCAGGAUCUGCUGAUGGUGAAUAAGAAGAAACGUCACAGACACAAUCAACACACACUGAAGACACACAGACCUCACUGGUUUGUUUUUAUAUGUAAUGAUCAGGAAAAUAUAAAUGACUCCAUUAUUUUCUUCUGAUAUUGAUUAUAGUGUACACUAGAACGAGGAUUUGAAUAUGACAACACUAAAACACAUUUGUUUUUAUCUGCAAGCCUUGGAUAAAUAACUGUAAAUAUGUAAAUAUAAAAUGUGUUGUGCAGUACAGACAGCUCUGUUAUGUUGGAAAAAUCUGAUUUAUUUGGUAAAAUUACUCUUUGUUUUUAGUAUAAACUUAGUUUUACAAGGUUUACAUGGUGAAAGUCCAGAUUUAAACUACAGAAGAGAUGCAACAGAAAUGUGUCCUUCAGCAGAGGUCGACAAAGAGAAGCAAACCAUUUCACUGAGCAUUUCAUUCUCUACAAUAUUAUAAAAGUAAAGAUCAGUAAUUCUGCAAAAAUGAUUGAACACGCACAUCUAUUAAUGUUCUCACUCAACUUUACUCAAUGACAAUCAUUUCUGAAAGAGCUGAAGCAAACUCAGAGCAGUCACUGUUGAAGACUUGUUCAAAAUUUACAGAGAACUAUAUCCAAAGAUUUGGAGUUGAGACUGAAAUAUUUAGUAAAGAUGAGCUGAUCAGAUCAGCUUUUACUGACGGUUACCCACGUGGAAAGAACCUAUAUAAACAUAUAUGUUUUCAUAUAGGUUUUGAUAUAGGUUUCUGAUAUAUGUGACAUAUAUAAAAUUGUCUGUUUUCCUAUAUUAUAUGUACAUAUAUGCACAUACAUGGGUACAUAUUCACCUAUAUGUUGGUAAAAUUAUUAAAAUACAGCUGCUAGACAAC